AUGGCCACUCCACAGGAUCUCCCUUUCACCCCACUUUUCGUCAAUGGCGAGUGGAAGCCGUCGAAAUCUGGAUCCACGUUCGAAGUACGAAAUCCAUACUCGGGAGCUGUAUCGGGUAUAUCUGCGUCUGCAACGAUAGAGGACUGUCGCGAGGUUGUCGACUCUGCGUACCAGGCGUUCUUGACAUGGGAGAACACCGAUUACUCUGUCCGACAGAAUAUUUUCUUGAAAGCUGCUCAGAUUGUCGCUUCGGAAAGGUAUAUGCACCAGGUCCAGGAAGCCAUCGCCGCAGAAACUGCAGCAACCCCCGAUUGGAGUUACUUUAAUUGGGCAUUCACUCAAAACUAUUUGCUUUCGGCGGCGACCAUGGUUAGAGAACUGAAAGGGGAAGCUUUCCCAAGUGCAGCUGGUGGUCACGUCAUGGUCCAGCGCCGUCCAGUAGGCGUCAUCUUGGGCAUUGCACCUUGGAAUGCUCCAUUUGUGCUCAGUAUACGUGCAGUUAUGGUGCCUAUUGUUUGUGGCAAUACGGUCAUCCUCAAGAGUUCCGAAUACAGUCCGCGAACUCAAGCCCUCGUCGCUGAACUAUUCCACGAGGCUGGGCUCCCGAAGGGUGUCCUUAACUUCGUAUCAAUGUCACAAGAGUCGUCACCAGAAGUGACUGCCAACAUUAUUGCUAAUCCCAAGAUACGAAUGCUCAAUUUUACAGGAAGUCAUAGAGUCGGCAGAAUUCUAGCACAAGAAGCAGGGAAACACUUGAAACCUUGCGUCUUCGAAUUAGGCGGUAAAUCGCCGACAGUGGUACUAAAUGACGCCGACAUUGAGCAAGCAGCCAAAGCCAUUGUCUAUGCAGCGAUGGAUAACGCUGGUCAAGUCUGCAUGUCUGCAGAACGAGUCAUAGUGCAACGAGAUGUGUCCAAAGCCCUUAUCAAUGCUGUGGUCCAGAUGAGCAAGAAGCUGACAGCAGGACAUCCGUCAACUAAUCCUCUUCCGCCGCUAUUCACUGAAGGCUCUGCAGAGAACAUUGUUGGUCUCAUACGGCAGGCAGUUGAAUCAGGAGCGGAGCUUCUUCUCGGGGACAUAGCAAGAGAUGGUGCAGUUGUCCAGCCGCAUAUCUUGUGUGGCGUUGAUACGAAACAGCCACUAUGGCGACAGGAAGCGUUUGGACCUGUGACUACGUUUGCUGUGUGCGACACCAUCGAUGAAGCAGUAGAACUCGCAAACGAUUCCGAUUACACACUUUCAGCUGCAUUAUGGACUUCAAGCUUGGAAUCUGCCAUGAGUGUUGCUCCAAAGAUUCGUUCAGGGUUUACAAACAUCAACGGAAGUACUUUUCACAGCGAACGUUUCUUUGGUCCCUAUGGAUUAGGUGGCUCGUCUGGAUAUGGAGAAUUCGAUGUGGAGCAUUUUACUCAAAAGCGCGGAUUGGUAUUCCAUGCCCCUGGCCGUAAAUAUUCCCUUGUAGAGAAUGUGUGCGAAAAGAAGUAA